GAAUGGUCCCUUCACCCAGCCGCCUACCCCUUGCCCCAAUUUCCAUUUGAAAUGAAAGUCUCCCACUUUCUAGCUGAGACAGCCAAAAAUGUAAAACUCAGGCAAAACCAACAGGAACAAGGCAAUUUACCGUCACUUCCCGGGUCACUUCCAGAAGUCACUUCCGGGGUCGAGGAGAGGCCAAUGAGAUGUCUGCAACUGCUGGAGGAGUUAGGGGCCGGACCGCGCGCGGCCUGAACGCCUAAGGCGGGUUUUGCGCAUGCUCAUAUAAAGCUCUCCUAACCCGUCUUCCGGUGAAAAUUUCACGUGUUUCGGAGUCGGGGACUGUGUUUAGCUUUACUGAGGAGCUCUUAACUUUAGGCGGAUAUGAGUGAUUUCAGUGAAGAAUUAAAAGGGCCUGUAACAGAUGAUGAACAAGUGGAAACAUCUGUGCUGUCUGGUGCAGGAAUGCAUUUUCCUUGGCUUCAAACAUACAUAGAAACUGUGGCCAUUGGAGGGAAAAGGAAGAAGGAUUUUGCUCAGACAACAAGUGCUUGUUUGAGUUUUAUCCAAGAAGCUCUGCUGAAGCACCAGUGGCAGCAAGCUGCAGGAUACAUGUACAGUUAUUUUCAGACCUUGGAAGAUUCAGAUAGCUACAAAAGGCAGGCUGCACCUGAGAUUAUUUGGAAGCUCGGAAGUGAAAUUCUAUUUUAUCAUCCCAAAAGCAAUGUGGAGACUUUCAAUACUUUUGCUGACCGGAUGAAAAAUAUUGGCAUCAUGAAUUAUUUAAAGAUCUCCUUACAACACGCGUUAUACCUUCUGCAUCAUGGAAUGCUUGAAGAUGCUAAGAGAAAUCUGAGUGAGGCAGAGACAUGGAGACAUGGUGAAAAGACGUCUUCCCGGGAAAUAUUAAUCAACGUUAUUCAGGCCUACAAAGGGCUUUUGCAGUAUUAUACCUGGUCUAAAAAGAAGACGGAAUUGUCAAAGCUUGAUAAGGAUGAUUAUGCUUACAGCGCAGUAGCCCAAGAUGUGUUCAACCACAGCUGGAAGACGUCUGUAAAUAUUUCUGCAUUGAUUAAAAUUCCUGGAGUUUGGGACCCUUUUGUGAAGAGUUACGUAGAAAUGCUGGAAUUCUAUGGGGAUCGAGAUGGAGCCCAAGAGGUACUCACCAAUUAUGCAUAUGAUGAAAAGUUUCCAUCAAAUCCAAAUGCCCAUAUCUACUUAUACAACUUUCUCAAGAGACAGAAGGCACCAAGAUCAAAAUUGAUAAGUGUGCUUAAGAUUUUGUAUCAGAUUGUGCCAUCUCAUAAAUUGAUGUUGGAAUUCCAUACAUUACUUAGAAAAUCAGAAAAGGAAGAACACCAUAAACUGGGUUUGGAGGUAUUAUUUGGAGUCUUAGAUUUUGCCGGAUGCACUAAGAAUAUAACUGCUUGGAAAUACUUGGCAAAAUAUCUGAAGAAGAUCUUAAUGGGAAACCACCUUGUGUGGGUUCAAGAAGAGUGGAACUCCAGGAAAAACUGGUGGCCAAGCUUUCAUUUCAGCUACUUUUGGGCAAAAAGUGAUUGGAAGGAAGACACAGCUUUGUCCUGUGAGAAAGCCUUUGUGGCUGGAUUACUGUUAGGAAAAGGUUGUAGAUAUUUUCGGUAUAUUUUAAAGCAAGAUCACCAAAUCUUAGGGAAGAAAAUUAAGCGGAUGAAGAGAUCUGUGAAGAAAUACAGUAUUGUAAAUCCAAGACUCUGAUGCUGGAUUUUAGUUACUUCACAGUAGUAGCUACACAGUAAGCAGCUCAGUAGUUAUUGAAUAUAUUUAUGUAGUGUAUUAAGAAGCUUAUAUGAGUCUAAACUUAUUUUUAUAUAUUUUAAUUUUUUUAUUUAUAGCUAGGGAAACAAUAUUACUGCCUUUGUUCUUUGUAAAUAUGUCUGUUUUCUUUUUUGUAAUGUUAAAUGUUACAUUUGUUAAGGAAUAAUUCUUUAAAUGAAAAAAUAUUUAUCUAGAGAAUAUAGCUCUACAGCAGUUAUUGUUUGCAAAUAAUUUUCCUCUGGCUGUUGUGUAAUAAAAUACAACUUGUGGUACUGUGAAAUGAA